AUGUGGCCAGAUCUCGGCCUUGAUUGGGAAAGCUCAAGUCACGAGGUGCUCAAAAAGAGCUGUGCUCUCUACCUCGAUUGCAUUUAUGCUCAUGAACCCACCGAAAAAUGCCAGCCGAUGGCCACACUACCCGUGGAUGUCAUGAAUGCAUACCCUUUUUCAAAGUAUGCCUACCAGCGGGUUUUUUAUCACUGUGAGAUGGCAGCGGAGUCGAACCCCCAGUGCGAAUUCUUAGAUUCCUUUCAGCGCUCAGGAUGGAUCGAGGCCAACAACCUAUUUGAGAAGCAUGAAAUUCGCAAAUAUGGUCCAGAUGCGAGUCUCAUUUACAUACUAGCCGAGAAAGGGUAUCCAAAUCUGAUUCGGCAGUGGUCUGAGCGCGACCCGCAUGUUCACUCCAUGUGCCCGAAGGAGCGAUACAGGUAUCCAUUUUUCGCCGCCAUUGCGAGUGGCAAUCAAGAAGCUAUUGCUGCUAUUUUGAAUGCCCCUUCAGGUAUUUUCAAAGGGGUCAAUAUCUUGGAAGGUAUCAAAUGUGGAAAAGACCAUAGGAGGUACAUGGACCACACCCGUCUUACCUGGGCUGCUAUGAAUGGCCUGACAAGCGUUAUCCCGAUGCUUCUACGCCAAGGUCUGGAAAUUGACGAGCAAAAUGAUAAGAUGGAAAGUCCGCUUCUCAGUGCUUUAGGUCGCGGCCAAGAACUGGCCGUCAACCUUCUCCUUGAGAGUGGAGCUAAUACCGGGAAUCAAGAUAUGUUCAGUUCUGCUUGUGAAAAAGGGUUUCGUCGUCUCGUUAUUGCCAUGAUUGAAAAUGGAACAGAAAUUGAUGGACUGAGUUGGUCUUCAGAAACCCCGCUUUCAUUGGCGUCGGAAAAUGGCCAUGCUAAAGUGGUACGGACUCUAAUUCAGCAAGGCGCAACAGUGAAUACCAGGAGCGAUCAUCAAAUGUCGCCACUCGUCCAAGCAUCAUUAAGAGGACACAAAGAGGUGGUCCGAAUCCUUAUCGACAAUGGAGCUAACAUUGAUGCCCAUGAUCAACCUUGGAGAUAUACACCUCUUACCGCGGCGUCAAGUAAGGGACACAAAGAUAUUGUCCAGAUUCUUGUUGACAAGGGCGCAGACAUAGAAAGAGUCGAUGGUUUAAAGUGGACGCCUCUCGUACGUGCAAUGAGGUAUGCCAACCAUAAGGCCAUUGUCCGAUUUCUCCUUGAGAGAGGUGCAGAUAUUGAUGUGCAAGAUAAAGACGGACAUACAGCUCUUAUUCAAGCUGUGAUUCAUUCGGAUGCGGAGAUUGUGAAACUUCUUAUCGACUUCGGAGCUGACGUCAAUUUUAAGAAUGAUUAUGGCCAAACGCCUUUAUCAGUUGCGUUCAAGGAGAAGCCGGUUGAUCGAGACAAUAUACAGCUUCUCAUAGAUCAUGGGGCUGUUGAAAAUGUCUAA